AUGCCAGUGACCGAUCCCGUUCUGACGCCAACCCAAGUGGGACCAGCCGCCGAUCCAGCUUUGCUCGCCAACGAUACUACCGCUAUGACGCCGACUCAGGAGGGACCGGCCGCCGAUCCGGCUCUGCUCGCCAAUGCUGGAUGUACAGCAGAUGCCAGUGAGGCUGGUAUCAAUAUGGCAGUUAAUGCGAUGCAAAAGUUCGGACGUGAAUUGGAGCAAUUUCCAGCCGAAGGACGUAAACUUGUGGAGAAGGCGAUGAGCUCGAUCUCCACUACUAAUCAUCGUUCGACUAGAAGUGGAACGUCUUCUCAGAGAAGCUCGAGAUCUGGCAGAGGUGCUGAGCAGGACUCGUUUGUUCGCAUUGUGAACACUCUGGUGGAUAUGACCCCCGCUUCAACUCCAUCAAAACCGAUAAUCGAGACUUUCGUGCUUUCCUCAGUCAUUCUGACAGUCUUCUCGCUGUCUUCUCUUCUCGGCGGCUAUCUUCUCGCCCCAUUCGUCACCCUCAUCAUCCCGCCCGUCGGAGCUGCUAUUGUCAGCGCUCUGGUUGCACCAGCUGCUAUCUACUAUCAGUUAAGCAAGGGUUAUGGUGCUCUCGAUGGUUUCCGUCUCUUGGUCACUGCCGCAGCAGCUCAAGGAGUGCUCACCGGAGCCGCUUUGGCUCAUUUCACGAUCACCUCAGAGCCAUUCAUUGCACUCUCUACAAUCGCUUCUUCGUUUGUUAUCGCUAUGCUCAACCCAACAACUCGCUCAUCCUCCCUCUCUACUACUGUCGCCACUUCCAUUCUCAUUCAUUCGUCUCUUGGAGCAUUGGAAGGAGCGCUCACUCCCAUCUACUUUGCGCUCACUGGAAUGUACACGUUGGCUGCUUUGGUUCCAGUGCAAUUGGCUACUCGUGAUCAACAAAGAGCCAAUGUCAACUUGUACUCGGCUGUACUCGUUGGAGUUACUAUUGCAUCGAAAUGCCUUGCUUAUGGAAUUCUGGGAGCAUCGGAUGCUCCGAUCACAAUGGAACAGACACUGACUCUUGAGGGAGAAGGUAUGGCUGAGCAACAAAUCAAUGCAUAG